UCUCCGCCGAGAGCGUACAUUCGUAGUUUUAUUCUGACUUGGAAUUUUACGUAUUUUUGUUUCUAUUUAUGCUUUCGUCCGAUGCUAUCGCGAGCGUUUGUGGCUAGAAUGCAACGAUCACUCAUCGUAGCAUUUUACUAGUAUCAUCAACUGUGCACUGAUUGCAUUUGUUUACAAACCGGGUUCUCCGUGACACCAAAACAGAGCACAGCCUAAAAAUAUUCCAGACCGAAGAUAAACGUGGAGAGUUUUUUUUUUGUGUAUGGGUGUUAUUCAUUGUGCUGUCGCUAAACGCCGACAUCGCAGCGUUUUGAAAUCAAUGCGUUGUCCAGAUGUAAACUAAUUUUAAAAUCUUCAGGAUCGGCGUUCUUCAGCAGUGGGAGAUCUUUAGCCGGUACACGGCGACCGAAGGUGAAUUUCAAAAAUAGAAAGAAAGGCACAAUCAGAGUAAUUCAAAUCACGUGCAGUCACACGAUGCCUUUCAUACACGCGGACGGCCGGUUGAUUGAUUAACAAAAAUGGUGAUAGCGAAAAGACAGAAGUGAUAAUGCAGUGAUAAUCAAAAACGCAGUGUUUUGGGAACAAGCAACCAGAACCCGCAGGGCAAGCAGGCUCAAUAUUUAUCGUUAAGUCAAAGGCAGAAGGCAAGUAAAAAGUGUUUAGUUUCAAUGUUUACAUAAAAAUCGUUCCGUAGCGAAUUGUCAAAUUGUGCAUGAGCGUGGAAGGAAUCGAACGCGACCGGCUAAGUGUUUCGAUAACCCAAACAAUCGUCGUCGUUGUCGAUCGUGCAUCGUUUGGUGCGCCGAGGCAAGGAUACCAACGUUGAGGCCAACAAUGAAACGCGCAUAAAAUAUUAAAAAGCAAAUCGUAAAGGCAGCAUCCAUUGUAAUGUUAUCUCGAAAGCACUGGUCCAAGUCGGUAGAAGUGGAAUAAAGGCGGGCAGCAAAAACCGCAAAUACACAGCGAGGAUUCCGUGAGACGGGUCGAUUUAUAUGCAAAAAUACAGCAUAUCGAAUGUGAUGUAGUGACGAAAUUGCAGUUGAAAAAAAAGUCGAAAAGCGAAAUUCAAAGACUUCGCGAACGUUAGUGGGUGUGUAUGUCUGAUUUUUUGUUUCUCCCUCGUGUUUACGGACGAUGCUUCCAACGUGAGACGGAGUGCAAGUUCUGCUUUGAAGAUCGAAAAUUUAGUGCUAAGUGCUUAGCAGCGCGGGACGUGACUAAAGUUUAAAUAUACAGAGUUUUUUUUACAGUUUGUUUGGCUUUUCGUUGAGUGAAAAUAAAGCUAGCUGAACGGAAGAGCGAAAAGUUGCUGUUGAACAUUCGUAUGUUUAAAGUUGACUAACAAACCUGCAAACGUUUCCACGAGUGCACUGUUUCCAAUCCACCGGAGUUCGAACCGACCAUCGAACCCGCAAUCAGCUGGUGGUGACAGCUCGGAUCACAUUACCACCACUACCCUUGCCAGCAGCGUCCGCUCUCGAGCGGCUUCGUUUGGCAGUGCGGACUUAUGUAAAGUGAAGACCAUAAAAUAAUUAUUAAAUCAUCGGAAUCAGCGAUUGACCGCGCGGGAACGGAGCUUCAAAGUGUUCGAUGCGCUGGCCAGGCGAAAAGUCGUGAUACAGCGAAGCCGCGCUUAAGUAUACGGCGGUUUGCGGUUUAGUUUCGGUGAAUAGUGCAAGCGUUGAUGGUAAUAAACGAAUGCGCAGUAAGGUUCGAGUUUGGUUCGGAAAUCGAGCCCAGAUCUAUGGCGAAUCAAAUUAGUCGUGUGAAUUAUGGUCGCUAAUAGUGUUAUUCGUUAGUACAAGCGAGGUGAGUGGUAAUGCAUGUGAUGAAGUUGAGGUGAGAUCGGUCAUUCCCGAUAGAUUAGAAAAUUUUACGCUUGUAUGAGGAAAACGACGUGUUUUGUGUUCGCUAGUGAAAAGUUCAACAACGUGAAAUUGACAUAAUGGCCCAGCAUUAGGAGCCACUGCUUUAUAUAGGACAUUUGGACAGCUUGAGCGAUGCAACUAUUCGAAGAAAGAAUGUCUUCCUGGCACCGAUCCACACAUUUCGGUUAUGUACGUUCGGUGACACGAAUAGUGUUGGUGUUCGUAGCAUUAUCAGUUACGCCUGGAUCAUCAGAAAACGAUUUUCGAUUUAUCUCAUAUCAAGACCUGCUGCCGACGUCGGAUCGCUUCACGGAUGCCAACGUUACGUCAUUCUCCCGGUUGCUGUUCGAUGUGGCGCGUGAUCAAGUGAUCGUCGGUGCAAGAGACAACCUGUACCGGCUGUCGUUGCACUUGGACGUGCGAGAGCGAAUGCCAUGGGAGGUGACCCCCGUGAUGCGCAAUACCUGUCUCGAUAAGGGACAAAGCGAAGAAGCCUGCCGUAACUACAUUAUGGUUCUGGAGAACUUCGGCAACCGGGUGUACGCUUGCGGGACUUACGCCUUCAGUCCGUCAUGCUCGUGGCGGCAGAUGGAAAAUCUGACAGCAACUCGCUACGACAGAGGUGUUGCCAAAUGUCCAUUCAGCCCCCACGCGAACAACACAGCGCACAUGGCCGACAAUGGGAAGCUUUUCGUCGGUACUACCACGGACUUCUCCGGCUCGGAUCCGGCCAUUAUACGAGCGGAUGUGACGCAAGAAAGCAGCCGCAUGCUUCGUACCAAUCAGUACAACUCCAAGUGGUUGAACGAUCCGCAGUUUGUGGGGAGUUUCGAAAAGGGGGAGUUUGUGUACUUCGUCUUCCGUGAGGCAGCUGUUGAGUAUAUAAACUGCGGGAAGAUCAUUUACUCGAGAAUCGCUAGGAUCUGCAAGAACGACCCCGGCGGUACACAAAUUUUGAAAGAAAACUGGACUUCGUUCGUCAAAGCUCGAUUGAAUUGUUCAAUUCCUGGCGAUUAUCCAUUCUACUUCAAUGAGGUGCAGGGUAUGGUUUACAGCCAAGAGGAAGGAGUUCUAUACGCUACUUUUACCACGCCAGAAAACAGCAUACAGGGAUCGGCUGUCUGCGCUUAUAACAUGUCCGCCAUUCAUGCCGCGUUUUCCGGUGCCUUCAAGCAUCAGGAAUCAUUAGGUUCUGCGUGGCACCGUCAGGAUGCUCAGCAUCGGGAUCACUACGAGUGUAAUGCCGGUCCAAGUGCACGCCAUGUUUCUCUGAUCGAUUCCUCCAAGUAUCAACUGAUGGAUCAAGCCGUGCAGCCGAUCACCGGUAAACCACUGCAUCACACAAAACUUGAGCGUUUUAGUCACAUUGCGAUCGAUAUAAUCCCCACGAAGCUACACGAACGGGUUCACAUCAUCUACGUGGCAACCAACAACGGUCUCAUUAAAAAGAUUUCGGUUCUUCCACGUACGAAGAGCACCUGUGUGGUGGAAAUUUGGAGACCAGAGCCUACAAGUGAUUCUAAAAUACGCACAAUCCAAUAUGUGAAGGAAACGGACUCUCUGUACGUUGGAACCGAUUCAGCAAUCAGCAGAAUAUCUUCUCAUCACUGCAAUAGGCAUCUCUCCAAGCUAAGCUGUCUAAACUCGAUGGAUCCUUAUUGUGGCUGGAACGAAUUGCAGGAAGCGUGCACUAUCGCACCCAACAGAGAUCCCUUAGCUAAGUACUGGAAUCAGAAUGCAACCGAAUGUCCCGUACUGACUGCUCCAGUGGAUGGAGGUUGGUCUGCCUGGUCGGAUUGGAGUAAAUGUGCCCUAAUUGGCAACGGACAAACCAAUUCUGCUAACACAAACGAGGAACUGGGAGGAAAUACCGACUCGUGUUUGUGCCGUACAAGAGCGUGUGAUAAUCCGUCACCGAAAAAUGGAGGACGACCUUGCACGGGAAUAAGUAUAGCUGUGUCUAAUUGUACUGUACAUGGAGGUUGGACGGAUUGGAGCGCGUGGUCUGCCUGCUCGCAAACGUGCGGAAUGGCUGUCAAAACGCGCAGAAGAACUUGCGGUAACCCUAAACCGGCACACGGUGGACGAGUAUGUGUUGGUCCAGAUCGUGCGGAAAUAUACUGCUCACAUCUGCCACCAUGCCCAGCUCCCAAGCAACCACCAAUCGAUGGAGGCUGGGGCCCCUGGGGUGUUUGGGGAGAAUGCAGUGCUGCUUGCGGUAGUGGCUACCGAAUCCGUAGACGAAAAUGUGACGAUCCAGUGCCGCAGAAUGGUGGAAUGGAGUGCCCUGGGUGUCACUUGGACUACGAAGUGUGCAACACUCAUCCAUGUCCGGAUGUCAAACGCGCCGCUACCUGGACGACCUGGUUAACUGUAACUAAUGGAACUCUACCCAACGGUGGAUAUAUUGAAAAGCGAUAUCGGUUUACAUGCAAAGCUCCGAUUGCGGAUUCAUCGUUACUUAAAAUAUCAUCGAAAGAGGAAACGAGAUUGUGCCACCCGGAUGGAUCGUGUCAACGAUCAUCGAGUGAUUCGUCGCAUACAGGAGCGGAGAAAGGAGGAGAAAAUGAGGACGGCUGGAGUGAAUGGAGCUCGUGGAGCAGUUGCAGUGUUUCAUGCGGAGGUGGCCAACAAUUUCGAACACGUACCUGUGAAAAAGCUGAAUGCGCUGGAGGUAACAAUAUGGUGAAACCGUGCAAUGUUCAGCCUUGUAAAGGUGAAUGGGGAUGCUGGAGCGAUUGGUCACCAUGUUCUGUAUCAUGUGGUCUUGGCACGCGGACACGAUCACGCCAGUGUCUAUCGAUGUCUGGCAAUGUGAUCUUCGGAAACGAUUGCGAAGGGCAAAGCACUCAAUACGAAACGUGCGAGAUGCCGAAUUGUGACUCUUUUCUUGGAUGGAGCGAAUGGAGUGACUGGUCGCCAUGCAACACGGACGGUGAAAAGAUGAGAACCAGAUCGUGCUUGGUACCUAACCCGGACCAGAAAACGUGUCAGGGUAGCGAACGUGAAAUUCGCAAGUGCCACCCGGAAAUGAGUAAUGAAAUUCCACACGCCCUGACUGCCGGGUCCUCACCAAUAGCGGUGAUUAUCGUAGGAGUUACAUUUCUCAUAAUCCUGUGCUGUUUCGCCAGUGUGUAUGCAACCAUUUUUAUUAUAAAGAAAAAGGCCAAAGGAAUUAAGGCUAUUCAGGGAUCACCCUGCUACGGGUCGUACCCGAAUCAGUACUCCUCACUACCAACGAAAGACUAUACGGAAAGCCACAAACCGAAGCGACAGUCCUCGUUCAACGGACGGAAUGAUGCGAGCGGAUCGAAAAUCGCCAACGGCCACACGACGCUGACAAAAUCAAACAACGUCAACGGAGCUCUCGGCAACAACACUCCCAAGGUUUUGGCCAAAUCAUUCAACGACACGGACACGGCCACAAUCAAGCGGAAUUCGCAUGGGCUGAACAACAUUCGUCACGCGCGGCAACUAGAGCUGGAAGAGGAAAAGUAUUGAUUUCUAAACGAAAGUGAUGGGUCUCAAAUUUUGCGAUAGGAAGAAGGGCCACCAAACUUUAACAGUCGUCAUAACGUUGUACUAGUUCACAGCAGCAGAAAUAGGAAAAUUUGGAAAAUUUCCCUGCUGAUAAAUUGCACACAAGUUUCCUGUACUUGCCUCGAAUUCAUUGAUGUGAGUGUUUUGGAAACGAACCUUAUAAUCAUCAUUUUCCAUCCUAGAACAAUUUUCAUGAAAACCUGUUAUAGGUAGUCGAUUAGAGCAAGGCUGAUGAAAUUAGACUUAUUGAUAGCUGCUAAGAGAAACUGUUGUCUAACUCUAUAGACUUUAGAGAAUAUGUGAACAUUUUAGCUUGAACUAAGCAGCAGGAAAAACGCUUCAACUCGCCGAUAACCGACUAAAGUGGGGCUACAAAAGUUUAACCAAAUUAGAAAAUAACUCUUAACGCUUUCUACACACAACUAGCCGCUACUUAGUCGUUAAUUUUCACUCAAACAAUUAGCAGCACCUGGAAGGGGUAACAAAAAAUGGUGUUAAUAGAAAAUAGAGCUUAUUAGCUAACCGACGAUAACGACAAAUAUUGAGCUUACGAGCGCACGUAACGUAACGUGUAGAAUCCAUGUUGUGCCAUUACGGUGGGAGAUCACGAUGCAAUUUUGAAGACUCGACAAACGCAAUCAUAUAGCAGUUGUGUAUUUUUACUAUUUCGUUUCUGUUCGUCUUUUUACACCUAAAUAAUCGUUAGAAUGUUGUUUGACGCCACUAGCGUUAGGAUGUGGUAGUAAAAUCUAAUUUUACUCGUGAUGAAGUAGCUCAAAUUGAGCGAUGCGUUUUAGUGCGGAUAGAAAUAUGUUUAGGCAAUAGGUUAUUGUAGUAUAUUAACAACAAUGAGACUUAAAUCAGAAAGACAUUUCGAAAACGACAGCAAUUUUUACGGAUUACUCUAAGAAAUAAAAAUAAGAGAUGUUA